AUGAAGCUAGUGGUUGCUCUGAUCGCGGUGGCCGGAGACCUCGAGAAGGCAGAGGCAACCAAACUCGCCCAAGCGCGACCCGGUCAGGACCCACUGGCCGUCGCAGAAGCCGGCGGGGGUCGUGGCCAGGCUCAUGGGGCUCGACUCCUGCCGGACACCAAGUGGGUCCCCGGAGCCAAGCCCCCCGACGCGUUCCUCCGAAGCAGGUCGGUCAAUUUCAUGGACUACUUGCUCGAGCUCGACCUGGACGAGGCCGACAGCAACCGGCACCGGCGGGUCCGGACUUCGGUGUCGUUCCGCGAGGUGCCCGCUUCGUUAGCGGAGCGAGAGAAGAGCGAGGAUCUAAUUGUUCUGUACUUGGGGGGCGAGGAGGAUUUGGGGAAGAACAAGAAGAAGAAGGGCGAAAGCAGAGGAAAGAGGAAACAGAAGACGGCCACGGCGAAGAAGAAGAAGAAGACGAACGAGAUGGAGGGCGAGCGCGAGGAAGGCAAAGAGAGGAAGGUGUCGAGACUGAGGGACGAGCCGAGGCGGGUCAAACCCAGUCAACGCGAUCGGGGAGGACGGCACUGUGCGGAGCUGAAACUGAAGGCGAGGAAGCCAUUGAUGGCGGUGAAUGAGGAGGAAGCCCUGGUGGCCGAUCUGGAAUUCGCGAACGGAGGAAGGAGGGACAAGCGACCGGCGAUCGGCGGCGGAGAGACGUCGUCGAGCCCGGUGUCGGUUCUUGACCAACCGCCAGCAAGUCGUCUUCGAGAGUACAAGACCAACAGACCUUUCAGCUCCCUCCAACUCGAGCACAUCAUUUUAGAUCCGUUCGUUCGUGACCAGACACUAUGCAACCACCAGAUCGAUCGGUCUCCGGAGGUCGAUCGCUUCAUCGAGGAGGUCAUUAAGGUGAGGAAAUUGGCUGAAGAAGACGUGCAGAGCUCGAAAUGGUUCCGAGUCGGGGAAUUGUCAUCGUCCCUUGGGUCUGCAGAUCUUGAAGAGCUGAGUGUGAUGCUCGAGCACCAUGUCCUGGACCAUCUGGUGGAGGAAGUCGUGAGGUUUCUAUGCAGGAGAAGGUCGUCAUUUUAGGGUUCGAGAAACCACUGACGGGGAGGGUCGGUCCGUGCCAUGUAUAUGUUCGGGUUAACUUUACUUUUAGUCCCCGUAUUUUCAGGACACGUGACUUCGAGAUGGGCAAUUAGCUUAGCUAGGGCGGGUCAAUAGUUAGUGCACCCGUGAAACUCAUCUCGCCAGUGACUAGUCCAUUGCCAAAGCCGUAACUUUACCUAAACUCUCUCCAUCACUUCUCUCUAAUGUCAAAAUUAUCCAUUCGGGUUCGCUUAUUC